AUGGAUGCGUUUGAGGGUCUCCACAGUGUCCAGCUGCCCUCCUCUCCAACCCCUGCCUCUGCCGCCAACCCGGGGUAUGAGAUCCUCGUGUCAGCCAGAUCUGGUGUCCAGGUAUAUUCCAACGCCACGUUCUAUGGUAAACCCAGUGUUCUGGAGCAGGCUCAGAGGAGAGGGAGAGCCAAACAUCACUCCCACCGAGAGGAGACUAAAGAGGAGAGGUGUGAGGUUGGAUGGUAAGAGACCGUUAUGGGUUUGAUUUGAUACCCUUCCUUCACAGCUGUAGGUUGGUUCCAAGCCUGUAGCUUUUAGGAUCGUCUUCGUAUAACCAUAACGAAUCUUCAUUUGCGCCACAUUAAUGUCAUAUGCCAGAUAUACUCUGAACGCCAAUAUUCUGUUUUGGUAAUAAUGUGUUAGAGAAAUAUUUGGUCACGUUUCCUUUUCAACUGGAAACGCGUUGGGAUGGGAGGAAGGGUGUCAUCAUGUGACCUAUGGCAGAUUGACGACACACUUCGUCCUUUUCACUAUCGGAAAGAUCAGGAAUGAAAAGAGUCUGUCCUACAGCGCAUUGCAAACAACAUCGUAUACAGCGACUCAAACCUUGAGUAACAAAAUAACAUUCGACUAACUUUUAUCUAGUUUGAUUACUCGAUGAAACAUUGUAGCCCACGGCGUUGUCGUCCGCAUUCUUUAAUAGUAACACUGUUUUGAAACUAUUGUGUCCUUCUAAAUUGAACGAUAUCGUCAGCAAGUAAACGGUUACUGUAACAAUUUCUGGAAUUCAUGGAAACGUGAACUGAUGCCAUCGAGGUCACGGCAGCGGUACGAGGUGAAUCUUCUAGCCGGCUGGUGAGAGGGUAAGGGCGGAGAGCUAGAAUGGGAAAUCCGGUGAAUGUGUGCUGUCCGACUGAAAUAAUGGCAUUAGGAAAAGUUAUGCAAAGUUCAGCCUUUCAUGUUGUGACGAUUGUUAUUGUUUUCAAGUAUAUUUAGGAUAAUAAUUGAUGUGAUUUGAUGAUGAUGUGCACUUCAAGACAAACGCGAUCAGCACAAAUAUGCAGACGUUGGAGUCAUGUUAUGAAUCACAUUAUGAUCACACAUACGAUAUGGGCUGUCAGCCAAUCAGCAUUCAGGGCUCGAACCACACAGUUUAUAAUAGAGAUAUACUGUAGAUCAUAUAUCCUGAUCCCUAGUCACUUUACCCAUAUACAUAUAUCUCGCUAUGGAUCCUCUGUAGCUCAACUGGUAGAGCAUGGCGCUUGUAACGCCAGGGUAGUGGGUUCGAUCCCCGGGACCACCCAUACGUAAAAAUGUAUGGACACAUGACUGUAAGUCGCUUUGGAUAAAAGCGUCUGCUAAAUGGCAUAUUAUUAUUAUUUCUUAGUUUUAUAUCUGGUGUGUUUUUGUUCUACCUUGUUAUUUUUUUUUAGAAUUACAUCGUUAUUGAUUACUGCAUUGUUGGGGUUAGAGUUGCUAAGAAAGGCAUUUCACUAUACUUAUGCAUGAAACUUGAGAUAUACACUGAGCGUACAAAACAUUAAAAAACACCUUCCUAAUACUUUAGUCAAAUAUUAUAUCUGUUUGGGCUUCUUGUGGUCAAUUUGCAGUCUACAAAUUCUUUGUAAUUAGGUUCUGGCCCCCCGACCAUCCGCUCAAGAAAAAGAAUCGGCCGGCUGAAUCUAGUUGAUGAUCACCGCUUGGUAUGGCAAAAUAGCCAUAAGACCUGCUAAAUAGUUAAUUCAAUGGUUACACAAACUAUCUGAAUUGAUCUUGCACUGACUAUUCACACUCACACGACUAUAUACACACUACACCGACACUCUCACAAAACCCACACACAUCCACAUACACGCACACACACACACACACACACACACACACACACACUUUCACACUCAUCAUUUGCUGCUGCUACUCUGUUCUUUAUUUUACCCUUAUUAUUAUCUAUCCUGAUGCCUAGUCACUUUACCCUGCCUUCAUGUACAUAUCUACCUCAACUACCUUAUUAUUAUCUAUCCUGAUGCCUAGUCACUUUACCCUGCCUUCAUGUACAUAUCUACCUCAAAUACCUUAUUAUUAUCUAUCCUGAUGCCUAGUCACUUUACCCUGCCUUCAUGUACAUAUCUACCUCAAAUACCUUAUUAUUAUCUAUCCUGAUGCCUAGUCACUAUACCCUGCCUUCAGUACAUAUCUACCUCAAAUACCUUAUUAUUAUCUAUCCUGAUGCCUAGUCACUUUACCCUGCCUUCAUGUACAUAUCUACCUCAAAUACCUUAUUAUUAUCUAUCCUGAUGCCUAGUCACUUUACCCUGCCUUCAUGUACAUAUCUACCUCAACUACCUUAUUAUUAUCUAUCCUGAUGCCUAGUCACUUUACCCUGCCUUCAUGUACAUAUCUACCUCAAAUACCUUAUUAUUAUCUAUCCUGAUGCCUAGUCACUUUACCCUGCCUUCAUGUACAUAUCUACCUCAACUACCUUAUUAUUAUCUAUCCUGAUGCCUAGUCACUUUACCCUGCCUUCAUGUACAUAUCUACCUCAACUACCUUAUUAUUAUCUAUCCUGAUGCCUAGUCACUUUACCCUGCCUUCAUGUACAUAUCUACCUCAACUACCUUAUUAUUAUCUAUCCUGAUGCCUAGUCACUUUACCCUGCCUUCAUGUACAUAUCUACCUCAAAUCCAGGGUAGGGGAGGGAAUGGCCGGCAGGGAUGUAGCUCAGUUGGUAGAGCAUGGCGUUUGCAACGCCAGGGUUGUGGGUUCGAUUCCCACGGGGGGCCAGUAUGAAAAAAUAAUAAAAAAUAAAAUAAAAUAAUGUAUGCACUCACUAACUGUAAGUCGCUCUGGAUAAGAGUGUCUGCUAAAUGACUAAAAUGUAAAAUGUAAAUGUAGUCACUUUACCCUGCCUUCAUGUACAUAUCUACAGUGCAUUCGGAAAGCAUUCAGACCCCUUGACUUUUUCCACGUUUUGUUACGUUACAGCCUUAUUCUAAUAUUGAUUAAAUUGUUGUUUUUUUCUCAUCAAUCUACGCACAAUAACCCAUAAUGACAAAGCAAAAACAGAUUUGUAUACAUUUUUGCAAAUGUAUUAUUAUUUUUGUUGUUGAAAUAUCACAUUUGCAUAAGUAUUCAGACCGUUUACUCAGUACUUUGUUGAAGCACCUUUGGCAGUGAUUACAGCCUUGAGUCUUCUUGGGUAUGACGCUACAAGCUUGGCACACCUGUAUUUGGGGAGUUUCUCCCAUUCUUCUCUGCAGAUCCUCUCAAGCUCUGUCAGGUUGGAUGGGGAGUGUCGCUGCACAGCUAUUUUCAGGUCUCCAGAGAUGUUUGAUCGGGUUCAAGUCCGGGCUCUGGCUGGGCCACUCAAGGACAUUCAGAGACUUGUCCCGAAGCCACUCCUGCGUUGUCUUGGCUGUGUGCUUAGGGUCGUUGUCCUGUUGGAAGGUGAACCUUCGCCCCAGUCUGAGGUCCUGAGCGCUCUGGAGCAGGUUUUCAUCAAGGAUCUCUCUAUACAUUGCUCCGUUCAUCUUUCCCUCGAUCCUGACUAGUCUCCCAGUCCCUGCCGCUGAAAAACAUCGUAGGGAUGGUGCAAGGUUUCCUCCAGACGUGACGCUUGGCAUUCAGGCCAAAGAGUUCAAUCUUGGUUUCAUCAGACCAGAGAAUCUUGUUUCUCAUGGUCAGAGUACUUUAGGUGCCUUUUGGCAAACUCCAAGCAGGCUGUCAUGUGCCUUUUACUGAGGAGUGGCUUCUGUCUGGCCACUCUACCAUAAAGGCCUGAUUGGUGGGGUGCUGCAGAGAUGGUUGUCCUUCUGGAAGGUUCUCCCAUAUUCACAGAGGAACUCUGGAGCUCUGUUAGAGUGACCAUCAGGUUCUUGGUCACCUCCCUGACCAAGGCCCUUCUCCCCCGAUUGCUCAGUUUGGCCUGGAAGCCAGCUCUAGGAAGAGUCUUGAUGGUUCCAAACUUCUUCCAUUUAAGAAUGAUGGCGGCCACUGUGUUCUUGGGGACAUUCAAUGCUGCAGACAUUUGUUGGUACCCUUCCCCAGAUCUGUGCCUCAACACAAUCUUGUCCCGGAGCUCUACGGACAAUUCCUUCGACCUCAUGGCUUGGUGUUUGCUCUGACGUGCACUGUCAACUGUGGGACCUUAUAUAGACAGGUGUGUGCCUUUCCAAAUCAUGUCCAAUCAAUUGGAUUUACCACAGGUGGACUCCAAUCAAGUUGUAGAAACAUCUCAAAGAUGAUCAAUGGAAACAGGAAGCACCUGAGCUCAAUUUCGAGUCUCAUAGCAAAGGGUCUGAAUACUUAUGUAAAUAAGUAUUCAAAAAUUCUUUUUUAAAAUGUCUAAAAACCUGUUUUCGCUUUGUCAUUGUGGGGUAUUGUGUGUAGAUUGAUGAGUUUGUUUAUUUAAUCAAUUUUAGAAUAAGGCUGUAACGUAAAAAAUUUGGAAAAGGGAAGGGGUCUGAAUACUUAACGAAUGCACUGUAUCUCAAAUAACUCGUACCUCUGCACAUUGAUCUAGUACUGGUAUAUAAACUCAGCAAAAAAAGAAACGUCCCUUUUUCAAGACCCUGUCUUUCAAAGAUAAUUUGUAAAAAUCCAAAUAACUUCACAGAUCUUCAUUGUAAAGGGUUUAAAAACUGUUUCCCAUGCUUGUUCGAUGAACCAUAAACAAUUAAUGAACAUGCACCUGUGGAACGGUCGUUAAGACACUAACAGCUUACAGACGGUAGGCAGUUAAGGUCACAGUUAUGAAAACUUAGGACACUAAAGAGGCCUUUCUACUGACUCUGAAAAACACAAAACGAAAGAUGCCCAGGGUCCCUGCUCAUCUGCGUGAACGUGCCUUAGGCAUGCUGCAAGGAGGCAUGAGGACUGCAGAUGUGGCCAGGGCAAUAAAUUGCAAUGUCCGUACUGUGAGACGCCUAAGACAGCGCUACAGGGAGACAGGACGGACAGCUGAUCGUCCUCGCAGUGGCAGACCACGUGUAACAACACCUGCACAGGAUCGGUACAUCCGAACAUCACACCUGCGGGACAGGUACAGGAUGGCAACAACAACUGCCCGAGUUACACCAGGAACGCACAAUCCCUCCAUCAGUGCUCAGACUGUCCGCAAUAGGCUGAGAGAGGCUGGACUGAGGGCUUGUAGGCCUGUUGUAAGGCAGGUCCUCACCUGACAUCACCGGCAACAACGUCGCCUAUGGGCACAAACCCACCGUCGCUGGACCAGACUAGACUGGCAAAAAGUGUUCUUCACUGACUAGUCGCGGUUUUGUCUCACCAGGGGUGAUGGUCGGAUUCGCGUUUAUUGUCGAAGGAAUGAGCGUUACACCGAGGCCUUUACUCUGGAGCGGGAUCGAUUUUGAGGUGGAGGGUCCGUCAUGGUCUGGGGCGGUGUGUCACAGCAUCAUCGGACUGAGCUUGUUGUCAUUGCAGGCAAUCUCAACGCUGUGCGUUACAGGGAAGACAUCCUCCUCCCUCAUGUGGUACCCUUCCUGCAGGCUCAUCCUGACAUGACCCUCCAGCAUGACAAUACCACCAGCAAUACUGCUCGUUCUGUGCGUGAUUUCCUGCAAGACAGGAAUGUCAGUGUUUUCCAAUGGCCAGCGAUGAGCACGGAUCUCAAUCCCAUUGAGCACGUCUGGGACCUGUUGGAUCGGAGGGUGAGGGCUAGAGCCAUUCCCCCAGAAAUGUCAGGGAACUUGCAGGUGCCUUGGUGGCCCCCCCCCCCCCCCCCCCCCCCCCCCCCCCCCCCCCCCCCCACGCCCUCACCCCGGCCAACAACUCGCCACCACAAACCCACCGCCCUCCAGAAAGACGGCAAAAAUAAGUCCCUUUUCUCACCUAACAAUUUAUGCAAAUCAACCGGACGGUGUUUAGGACCAAAUUCCGUUUAUUGUCACAGAAGAAACAGCACUAAAACGAGGCCCUUCCCUACUGACCCCUCGAAAACCAAAAAAUCCCCCGUCUGCCAUUUGCACCUCAACCAGGACAUGAUUUAUGCAUGCAGGCAAUAUUAAACCGCUGGACGUACAGGGAAGACCAUCCCCCCAAAAUGCAGACCUUCCCCAGGUCACUCGAACAUACCCUCCACAGAAGAAAUCAAACCAGCCCAGGAAGAACCCCUCAUCGGAAGCGCAAACAGAGAAGCGGCUGGUUCCAACCCCAAAAACACACACCGCAAAAAAAAAAAAAAACAAAAACCCCACCCCAAAACAAACCCCCCCCCCCCCCCCUUUGUUCAGGGAAACAGUAUUCCAUUUCUGUUAGUCACAUGUCUGUGGAACUUGUUCAGUUUAUGUCUCAGUUGUUGAAUCAUGUUAUGUUCAUACAAAUAUUUACACAUGUUAAGUUUGCUGAAAAUAAACGCAGUUGACAGUGAGAGGAUGUUUCUUUUUUUGCUGAGUUUAGCUCCAUUCUGUAUAUAGCUCCAUUCUUGUGUAGUUUAUUCCUCUUGUGUUACUAUUUGUAUUAUAAUGUUUAACUCUGCAUCGUUGGGAAAGGGCUCGUAAGCAAGCAUUUCACGGUAAAGUCUACACCCGUUGUAUUCUGCGCAUGUGACAAAUAAAAUGUGAUUUGACAACCAAUUCCUUAUAUCCCUAUUAACUCCCUAACUAUCUCAGUAGCUCAAACAAGCAGCUGAAGAGGCAAGUUAGCUUACACGUUCAUGUAUCCAUUGCACUUAACAGACACUGCAACUUUUUUAAAUCUCGUCUUUUGAUGUUUUCUAAAGGUUGGUAGACCUGGAGCCAGGUCCGAGCCCCAGGGUGGAGGGUGGAGGGCAGGGUGACCCCAGUCCCACCUGGCCCCAGGAGCAGUGUACCCAGGCCCGGAGCCAGACCAGGGGCAGAGAGGGCAGCAGGCUGGAGCGUGCUGCCCAGCUUGAGGGUGCCCGGGGCAGGGAGCAUGAAGACAAUGUGUCCCGCCUCCGGAGCUCUUCCCUGGAGAUCAGAGAGAAGGGCACCGAGAUACUCAGAGAGCAGCUGGACGCUGCACAGAAGGUGGGUGAGGCCGAACUUGUUAUACACCUCUUCUAUUCUGCUGUAGUUCUACCCUACACCUCUUCUAUCCUGCUGUAGUUCUACCCUUCACCUCUUCUAUUCUGCUGUAGUUCUACCCUUCACCUCUUCUAUUCUGAUGCAGUUCUACCCUUCACCUCUUCUAUUCUGCUGUAGUUCUACCCUACACCUCUUCUAUUCUGCUGUAGUUCUACCCUUCACCUCUUCUAUUCUGCUGCAUACUACUGACCCAGUUCUACCCUGCACCUCUUCUAUUCUGCUGUAGUUCUACCCUUCACCUCUUCUAUUCUGAUGCAGUUCUACCCUUCACCUCUUCUAUUCUGCUGUAGUUCUACCCCUUCUAUCCCUUUCUACCCUUCCUCUCUAUCCUGCUGUAGUUCUACCCUUCACCUCUUCUAUCUGCUGUAGUUCUACCUCACCUCUCUAUCUCUGUAGUUCUACCUUACACCCUCUUUUAUUCUGCUGCAGUUCUACCCUUCACCUCUUCUAUUCUGAUGCAGUUCUACCCUUCACCUCUUCUAUUCUGCUGUAGUUCUACCCUACACCUCUUCUAUUCUGCUGUAGUUCUACCCUACACCUCUUCUAUUCUGCUGUAGUUCUACCCUUCACCUCUUCUAUUUUGCUGCAUACUACUGACCCAGUUCUACCCUGCACCUCUUCUAUUCUGCUGUAGUUCUACCCUUCACCUCUUCUAUUCUGAUGCAGUUCUACCCUUCACCUCUUCUAUUCUGAUGCAGUUACUACCCUUCACACUCUUCUAUUCUGCUGUAGUUCUACCCUACACCUCUUCUAUUCUGCUGUAGUUCUACCCUACACCUCUUCUAUUCUGCUGUAGUUCUACCCUUCACCUCUUCUAUCCUGCUGCAUACUACCUUCACCUCUUCUAUUCUGCUGCAGUUCUACCCUUCACCUCUUCUAUUCUGCUGUAGUUCUACCCUUCACCUCUUCUAUUCUGCUGUAGUUCUACCCUUCACCUCUUCUAUUCUGCUGCAGUUCUACCCUUCACCUCUUCUAUUCUGCUGCAUACUACUGACCCAGUUCUACCCUUCACCCUCUUCUAUUCUGCUGCAGUUCUACCCUUCACCUCUUAUUCUGAUCUGCUGCAGUUCUACCCUUCACCUCUUCUAUUCUGAUGCAGUUCUACCCUUCACCUCUUCUAUUCUGCUGCAGUUCUACCCUUCACCUCUUCUAUUCUGCUGUAGUUCUACCCUACACCUCUUCUAUCCUGCUGCAUACUAUUGACCUAGUUCUACCCUGCUCCUCUUCUAUUCUGCUGCAGUUCUACCCUUCACCUCUUCUAUUCUGCUGCAGUUCUACCCUUCACCUCUUCUAUCCUGCUGCAUACUAUUGACCCAGUUCUACCCUGCACCUCUUCUAUUCUGCUGCAGUUCUAGCCUUCACCUCUUCUAUUCUGCUGUAGUUCUACCCUUCACCUCUUCUAUUCUGCUGCAGUUCUACCCUUCACCUCUUAUAUUCUGCUUGUAGUUCUACUAAACCCUUCACCUCUUCUAUCUGCUGUAGUUCUAACACCUUCACCUCUUCUAUUCUGCUGUAGUUCUACCAUUGACCUCUUCUAUUCUGCUGCAGUUCUACCCUUCACCUCUUCUAUUCUGCUGUAGUUCUACCCUUCACCUCUUCUAUUCUGCUGCAUACUACUGACCCAGUUCUACCCUUCACCUCUUCUAUUCUGAUGCAGUUCCUACCCUUCACCUCUUCUAUUCUGCUGCAGUUUCUACCCUUCACCUCUUCACUAUUCUGCUGUAGUUCUACCCUACACCUCUUCUAUCCUGCUGCAUACUAUUGACCUAGUUCUACCCUGCUCCUCUUCUAUUCUGCUGCAGUUCUACCCUUCACCUCUUCUAUUCUGCUGUAGUUCUACCCUUCACCUCUUCUAUCCUGCUGCAUACUAUUGACCCAGUUCUACUAACCUGCACCUCUUCUAUUCUGCUGCAGUUUCUAGCCUUCAAACCUCUUCUUUCGCUGUAGUUCAAACCCUUCAUUUUCACCUCUUCUAAUUCUGCUGGCAGUUCCUAACCUUCACCUCUAUAUUCUGCUGUAGUUCUACCCUUCAGCCUCUUCAUAUAUUCUGCUGUAGUUCUACGAACCCUUCACCUCUUCUAUUCGCUGUAGUUCUACAUUGCCCUCUUCUAUUCUGCCAGUUCUAACCCUUCACCUCUUCUAUUCUGCUGUAGUUCUAACCCUUCCCCUCUUAUAUUCCUGCUGUAAGUCUAAAACCUUCACCUCUUCUGUUCUGCUGUAGUUCCUACCCUUCACCUCUUCUAUUCUGCUGCAGGUCUAGUUUCUAACCCUUCACCUCUUCUAUUCUGCUGUAGUUCUAACCCUUCACCUCUUCUAUUCUGCUGUCGUUCACCCUACAACACACAACUCUUCUAUUCUGCUGUAGUUCUACCCUUCACCUUUCCCCCCUUCUAUUCUGCUGCAGUUCUACCCUUCAACCUCUUCUAUUCUGCUGCAUACUACUGACCCCAGUUCUACCCUACACCUCUUCUAUUCUGCUGUAGUUCUACCCUUCACCUCUUCUAUUCUGUUGCAGUUCUACCCUUCACCUCUUCUAUUCUGAUGCAGUUCUACCCUUCACCUCUUCUAUUCUGCUGCAGUUCUACCCUUCACCUCUUCUAUUCUGCUGCAGUUCUACCCUUCACCUCUUCUAUUCUGCUGCAUACUACUGACCCAGUUCUACCCUACACCUCUUCUAUUCUGCUGUAGUUCUACCCUUCACCUCUUCUAUUCUGCUGCAGUUCUACCCUUCACCUCUUCUAUUCUGCUGUAGUUCUACCCUUUACCUUUUCUAUUAUGCUGUAGUUCUACCCUUCACCUCUUCUAUUCUGCUGCAUACUACUGACCCAGUUCUACCCUACACCUCUUCUAUUCUGCUGUAGUUCUACCCUUCACCUCUUCUAUUCUGCUGUAGUACUACCCUUCACCUCUUCUAUUCUGCUGCAGUUCUACCCUUCACCUCUUCUAUUCUGCUGCAUACUACUGACCCAGUUCUACCCUACACCUCUUCUAUUCUGCUGCAGUUCUACCCUUCACCUCUUCUAUUCUGCUGCAGUUCUACCCUUCACCUCUUCUAUUCUGCUGCAGUUCUACCCUUCACCUCUUCUAUUCUGCUGCAGUUCUACCAUUCACCUCUUCUAUUCUGCUGUAGUUCUACCCUUCACCUCUUAUAUUCUGCUGCAUACUAUUGACCCAGUUCUACCCUACACCUCUUCUAUUCUGCUGCAGUUCUACCCUUCACCUCUUCUAUUCUGCUGCAAUUCUACCCUUCACCUCUUCUAUUCUGAUGCAGUUCUACCCUUCACCUCUUCUAUUCUGCUGCAGUUCUACCCUUCACCUCUUCUCUUCUGCUGCAGUUCUACCCUUCACCUCUUCUAUUCUGCUGCAUACUACUGACCCAGUUCUACCCUACACCUCUUCUAUUCGCUGUAGUUCUACCCCUUCACCUCUCUAUUCUGCUGCAGUUCUACCCUUCACCUCUUCUAUUCUGAUGCAGUUCUACCCUUCACCUCUUCUAUUCUGCUGCAUACUACUGACCCAGUUCUACCCUACACCUCUUCUAUUCUGCUGUAGUUCUACCCUUCCUCUUCUAUUCUGCUGCAGUUAUACCCUUCACCUCUUCUAUUCUGCUGUAGUUCUACCCUUCACCUCUUCUAUUCUGCUGCAGUUCUACCCUUCACCUCUUCUAUUCUGCUGCAGUUCUACCCUUCACCUCUUCUAUUCUGCUGCAGUUCUACCCUUCACCUCUUCUAUUCUGCUGCAGUUCUACCCUUCACCUCUUCUAUUCUGCUGCAGUUCUACCCUUCACCUCUUCUAUUCUGCUGCAUACUACUGACCCAGUUCUACCCUUCACCUCUUCUAUUCUGCUGCAGUUCUACCCUUCACCUCUUCUAUUCUGCUGCAGUUCUACCCUUCACCUCUUCUAUUCUGCUGCAGUUCUACCCUACACCUCUUCUAUUCUGCUGCAGUUCUACCCUUCACCUCUUCUAUUCUGCUGCAUACUACUGACCCAGUUCUACCCUGCACCUCUUCUAUCCCCUCCCAGGAGCUGAAGCUAAAGGAUAAGGAGUGUGAGCGUCUGUCACAGGUCCGGGAUAAACUAGAACAGGAGCUGGAGGAGCUCACUGCCAGUCUGUUUGAGGUAGGAAGGAAUGACUACUCGGCCUACUACAGCCCACAGCUAGCUGAACUGGUGAUGGUACAAAUACAGUUGAUGUCGGAAGUUUACAUACACCUUAGCCAAAUACAUUUAAACUCAGUUUUUCACAAUUCUUGACAUUUAAUCCUAGUAAGAAUUCCCUGUUUUAGGUCAGUUAGGAUCCCCACUUUAUUUUAAGAAUGUGAAAUGUCAGAAUAAUAGCAGAGAGAAUGAUUUAUUUAAGCUUUUAUUUCUUUCAUCACAUUCCCAGUGGGUCAGAAUUUUACAUACACUCAAUUAGUAUUUGGUAGCAUUGCCUUUAAAUUGUUUAACUUGGGUCAAAAGCUUCCCACAAUAAGUUGGGUGAAUUUUGGCCCAUUCCUCCUCACAGAGUUUCAGUUCUGUCAGGAUUUUUCAAUUCUCUAUAGGAUUGAGGUCAGGGCUUUGUGAUGGCCACCCCAAUACCUUGACUUUGUUGUCCUUAAGCCAUUUUGCCACAACCUUGGAAGUAUGCUUGGGGUUAUUGUCCAUUUGGAAGACCCAUUUGCGACCAAGCUUUAACUUCCUGACUGAUGUCUUGAAAUGUUGCUUCAAUAUAUCCACAUAAUUUUCCUUCCUCAUGAUGCCAUCUAUUUUGCAGCAAAGCACCCCCACAGCAUGAUGCUGCUACCCCCGUGCUUCACGGUUGGGAUGGUGUUCUUCAGCUUGCAACGCCCCCUUUUUCCUCCAAACAUAACGAUGGUCAUUAUGGCCAAACAGUUCUAUUUUUGUUUCAUCAGACCAGAGGACAUUUCUCCAAAAAGUACGAUCUUUGUCCCCAUGUGCAGUUGCAAACCGUAGUCUGGCUUUUUUAUGGCGGUUUUGGAGCAGUGGCUUCUUCCUUGCUGAGCGGCCUUUCAGGUUAUGUCGAUAUAGGACUUGUUUUACUGUGGAUAUAGAUACUUUUGUACCUGUUUCCUCCAGCAUCUUCACAAGGUCCUUUGCUGUUGUUCUGGGAUUGAUUUGCACUUUUUGCACCAAAGUACGUUCACCUCUAGGAGACAGAACGUGUCUCCUUUCUGAGCGGUAUGAUGGCUGCGUGGUCCCAUGGUGUUUAUACUUGCGUACUAUUGUUUGUACAGAUGAACGUGGUACCUUCAGGCAUUUGGAAAUUGCUCCCAAGGAUGAACCAGACUUCUGGAGGUCUACUUUCUGAGGUCUUGGCUGAUUUCUUUUGAUUUCCCAUGAUGUCAAGCAAAGAGGCACUGAGUUUGAAGGCAGGCCUUGAAAUACAUCCACAGGUACACCUCCAAUUGACUCAAAUGAUGUCAAUUAGCCUAUCCGAAGCUUCUAAAGCAAUGAAAUCAUUUUCUGGAAUUUUCCAAGCUGUUUAAAGGCAUAGUCAACUUAGUGUAUGUAAACUUUUGACCCACUGGAAUUGUGAUACAGUGAAUUAUAAGUGAAAUAAUCUGUCUGUAAACAAUUGUUGGAAAAAUUACUUGUGUCAUGCACAAAGUAGAUGUCCUAACCGACUUGCCAAAACUUUGUGGAGUGGUUGAAAAACGAGUUUUAAUGACUCCAACCUAAGUGUAUAUAAACUUUCCGACUUCAACUGUACACCUGGACUUAGAAAGGUGUGGAUCCUGCAUGUUAACUUUGUCCUUUUGCUGUUCCCAUAGGAAGCUCACAGGAUGGUGCGUGAAGCCAACGUGAAACAAGCAGCAGCAGAGAAGCAGCUGAAAGAGGCUCAGGGCAAGGUCAGGUCAGGUCAUGACCCCUAUUUAAUUAAAGACUGUAGCCUUUAUGGUUAGAGAGGUGGGCCAGUGUGUGUGUCGGGUACAAUUCAUAACUACUGUCUAUAACCACCACUCGUGUUCUUGUAUCUCCCCAGAUUGAUGUCCUGCAGGCCGAGGUGUCAGCCCUGAUGGUCCUGACCUCCACCCCCUCUUCCCCCAACCGUCAGGCCCACCCUCAGCUCCUCUCCCCGGGCACUAGGUCCAGGGGGGCCAGCCCCCACCAUGGAGGGGGACACACACGCAACAAGAGCGCCAGCUGGGCCCUGCCAUUGGCCACUGGUGGGCACGUAG